AAAACAAUAUUCUUUACUUUUUAUUUGCUGUGGAAGGCUGGGACGGAACUAAAAGCGUGUGCGCUUCGUGUUAGCCCCGAACACGUUUCAGUGUAACACCGAGACCGUGUCACGUUUCUGCAGGAUGGAGGACGGUGAGGUGAACGGUGCAGAGAGCAGCACAGUGCAGACCAGAGACAGAGGAGAAGCAGCCCUGAAGCUACAGUACGUCACCAACAAGGAGAAGUUCUACGAGUUUCUGGCUGCCGGAUCAAAGAGCAAGGAAGCCCAGGAUGAAACUGCGUCAGACGUAGCUCCUGCAGAACCGGAGCCAAAGAGACGGAGAGUAGAGGAGUGUGAUGGAGAGACGGUGAAGGAGGAGGAGGAGAAGAAGAAAAAACGGAGGGGCCAGAAUAAGUCAAGACCUCACAUUAAACCUCACAGCUAUGAAGAUCGCAGACUCUGUCCUUCAGUUAUACAGGGGUCUGGCAGGAAGUGUUUCUAUGGUGAGAAGUGUAAGUUCCUCCAUGACGUGGCUGAUUACAUGUCCACCAAACCAAAAGAUCUGGGAGAUACCUGUUACCUUUACUCCACCUUUGGCAGAUGUCAUUAUGGAGUCACCUGCAGGUUUGCUAAAGCUCACACUGGCCCUGAUAACGAGAACCUGGUGAACGAGGAGCUGCGUAAAAGCCUGGAGAAAACAGAAACUGUGAGGAACGGUCUGGAUAAAGAGCUCCAAAAACAACUCCGGAAGAGACAAGUGUCCUUCAAAAACUCUGAGAAGUUCCUCAAGAGCAUCGGCGCAGGGAAAAAAACAGACAGGAAGUCGUCCGGGUCAGAAAACACACAGAAGGAGGCGGAACAGGAAGAGGAAGUGAGUCAGCAUGAGAGCAAACAAGAAGAUCCAACAGCUGAGAGCAACACUGAGGAGAGUCAGACGAAGCCUCCUGUGAAGACCAUCGGGCCGUUGAUGGAUGAUGACAUCAUCAAACUUCGCCCGUGUGAGAAGAAGCAGGUGGAUUUCAGAGACAAGCUCUACCUGGCUCCAUUAACAACGUGUGGAAAUUUGCCGUUCCGGCGUGUGUGUAAGCGUCUUGGAGCAGAUAUAACGUGUGGAGAGAUGGCCAUGUGCACAAACCUGCUACAGGGUCAGUCGUCUGAGUGGGCUCUGCUCAAGAGACACCACACUGAGGAUGUGUUUGGUGUGCAGCUGGAAGGAUGUUUCCCAGACUCCAUGACACGCUGUGCUGAACUCCUCAACCACAACAUCGAUGUUGACUUUGUGGACAUCAACUCUGGUUGUCCUAUAGACCUUGUGUACAAGAAGGGUGGUGGAUGCGGCCUUAUGAGCAGAACCAACAAAUUCGAGCAGAUCGUGCGGGGGAUGACCUCUGUUCUGGAUGUGCCUUUAACCGUGAAGAUCCGUACAGGGGUGCAGCACAACUGCAACAUCGCACACAAACUCAUCCCUGAGCUGAAGAAGUGGGGCGUGUCUAUGAUCACAUUACACGGUCGAUCCAGAGAGCAGCGAUACACCAAAAUGGCCGACUGGAGUUACAUAGACACCUGCUCUAAAGUCGCUGCUCCUGUCCCACUGUUCGGUAACGGUGAUGUUCUGACCUAUGAAGAUGCUCUGAGGGCCAGAGAGACAGGAGUGUCUGGAAUCAUGGUAGCGAGAGGUGCCCUCAUUAAACCGUGGCUCUUCACCGAGAUUAAGGAGCAGAGACACUGGGACAUCUCGUCUUCAGAACGUCUCCAGAUCCUGCAGGAUUUUACUCACUUCGGAUUGGAGCACUGGGGCUCAGACACGCAGGGGGUGGAGAAAACACGCAACUUCCUGCUCGAGUGGCUCUCCUUCACCUGCAGAUACAUCCCCGUGGGUCUGCUGGAGCGCGUGCAGAAGAUCAACGAACGUCCUCCAUUUUAUCUGGGACGGGAUUAUCUGGAGACCCUGAUGGCCAGUCAGCACGUGGACGACUGGGUCAGGAUCAGUGAGAUGUUGCUGGGUUCCGUCCCGAAGAACUUCAGCUUCCUGCCCAAACACAAAGCUAACGCCUAUAAGUGAUCAACACAAAUUCACUUCAAAACACCAUCUAGAUCAAACUUCCAAAAGUAUGUGGACACCUGACCAUAAGCUUGCUCUGUGCUUCUCAUUCCACCUUUUUUCUCCAUUCACUCUAAUAAUGAGCUUCACUCUCCUGGGAAGAUGUUCCACUAGAUUUUGUGUAGAUUUGUGCUCGUGGAACUACAAGGGUGUUGGCUUCAUCAGUGCCUGACUUUACUGAGGUGAGAUCAUCAUGUUUAUUUCUGUUUGAUUGGGUUAGAUCUCUAGAGCAGGAGAUCUUCCACACACAUCAGAUCUUCACUGGGGCGUUGUGAUGCAGGAACAGGUUUGAGUCUGUGUUCAAGUGAAGGCAAAAGUCCAUGCAGCAGCCAAAGACAUCCGAUACAAUUAAAAAGAACCGCGUACGGGCGGGAAAGUCAGGUGUCCAAAUACUUAUGGCCUUUCAGUGUGUGUUUAUUUUUAUUGACUUUAUGGAGUGGAUCAGUGACGAACAUCUGACUGAAAUAAAGUUAUUUAUGUUUAUUACCAAA